CAUCCAAACAGCCCAAAUAGUUGGGGGAAAAAAUUGAAGUUGUCAGCGCUUGGUUUGCACGCAGCACACGCAGGCGGCCGCGGCGGCACCGACUUCCCCGGAACCGAGAAGCACAAGGGAAGCUGCCACCCCUCGCCGGAGAUGCCGCCGGGGACCUCGACGCCGCCGACAGAGGCGUGGACGUGGGAGAACGCCGUCGCGGGAGCGUCUGCCGGCUUUGCCACCGUCGCGGCCCUCCACCCGCUCGACGUCGUCCGCACCCGCUUCCAAGUGACCGGCGGGAGGGGGUGGUCCGAGGUGCCGCCGUACAAGAACACCGCACACGCCGUAUGCACCAUCGCACGAUCUGAGGGCCUGAGAGGACUCUACUCGGGCUUUUAUCCUGCAGUUCUUGGAUCAACUGUUUCCUGGGGGCUAUAUUUCUUUUUUUAUAACAGAGCUAAACAAAGGUACUUACAGGGAAAGGAUAACCAACUUCAUCCAGUCCACCAUCUUGUCUCAGCUGCAGAAGCAGGUGCUUUGGUUUCCUUGUUUACAAAUCCCAUAUGGCUGGUGAAAACAAGGCUGCAACUACAAACACCUAAACUUCAUACUUCACGAUAUUCCGGUUUCUCUGAUGCUUUGAGAACUAUUCUGAAAGAGGAGGGAUUUCUUGCACUUUAUAGAGGGAUCGGACCUGGGCUUUUGUUGGUCACCCAUGGUGCAAUACAGUUCACAGCCUACGAGGAACUUCGCAAAGCUAUGAUAUUUGUCAAAAAUACAGAAACAAGGACAGAUAAAAGAGGAGGCGACGAGUCAUUGAAUUCCUUUGAUUUUGCGGCACUUGGGGCUGGUUCAAAAGUAGCUGCUAUUCUACUUACUUAUCCUUACCAGGUCAUUCGAGCCCGCUUGCAGCAACGGCCUUGCAGUGAUGGUACUCCAAAGUACUCGAAUAGCUGGCAUGUAGUGAAGGAAACUGCAAGUUAUGAAGGUGUCCGUGGAUUUUACAGGGGCAUCACGUCCAACCUACUGAAAAACCUUCCAGCGGCUUCCCUCACGUUUGUGGUGUAUGAAAAUGUUAUCAAACUAUUUAAAGCAGCCAAACAGAAGACAUAGUUACCAUUUUGAAUUCACGAGAGACAAAGAAGGGAAGAAAAGGUACUGGGCUUGUUCUGGCUCUUUGGAGGUCAUAGUAAUAUUCCAAAGUUUCCAUUUCAUGGUUGAGUCCAUGCCUCAUUCAUUUAGUAUGUCAGACGCAAAUGUGUAAUAGUAGAGGUUGCGGGCAACAUGGCUAUGGCAAAUUUUGUUUCGAGGCACUUGUAUUUUCUAGAGGAGAAAACCUUUGAAGAAAUAGUUCUUUGCUAAUGACCGGUUGCCACAGUUUGGACUUUGGACCCUUUUUAGCUGGGCGCCUGGGCGUUAUAGAUCCACAUCCUUAUGUUGCUGGUGUGCGUGUCACAUGCAUUGCUGCGGUUUAUCGUCUUAAUACAGAAUUAUUGUACUUUUGCUCUCA